GGCGUGGCGGCGGAGGACGAGGCGGAUCGCGAGCGGGAGCAGGUCGCGCUCGCGCAGCGGCGGGAGGAGGCCGAGGAGUCCAGACCCAAGCCCGGCGACAUGACCGUGGAGGAGCUCAUGGACAAUGGGCCCGAGGAGCGCAGGCGCACGGCCUCGGCGCUCAGCGCCCUGAGCAGUUCCGGCUCCAUGGGGCGGCCCAAGGCGAACAGCAACGUCUCGGAUGUCAUGGAUCUGGUUCCUGAGGCGUUCGUCCGCCAGCGCUCCGAGGCGAGGGGCUCGUCCAUGCUCGACCUGUCGCAGUUCCGGUUCGACAUGGGAGCAGAGGAG